AUGAUUGAAAGAGUCGGCGCCGAUUACUGUAACAAAUUGCAACAUCCACGCCUGUUAAAAACACACUUUUCUCACCACAAUUGCCCCCAGAACAACCUGUCAAAAUAUAUUUUUGCUUGUAGAAACCCAAAAGAUUGUCUCGUUUCUUACUAUCAUCACAACAAAAAUUUUAAAAUUUAUGACUGGGCAGACGGCAAUUUCGACCAAUUUUUCCAACUUUUUAUUGAAGGAAAAUUGGCCUUUGGAGAUUAUUUUGAACAUUUGAAUAGCUGGCUUCCACAAAAACUUAACAACAAAAAUUUAUUAUUUUUAAAAUAUGAGGAUAUGUUGAAGGAUUUGAAAGGAACGAUAAUUUCAAUUGCCAAAUUUUUGGGGGAAAAUUCAGCAAAAUUAAUUGAAAAUAGUCAAAUUUUGGAAAAAAUUAUUAAAGAAAGUCAAUUGGAGUCUAUGCAGCAAAAUCAGACUAGAUGGUUUCCGGGGAAUGCUUUGCACAACGAAUCGUUUAUUCGAAAGGGAUGUGCCCGCGACUGGAAGAAUUAUUUGAGUAGAGAACAGAGCGAUUUAAUUGAUGAGGUGAAUAAAUUUUAA